GCACACUCACACACACGCAAACACACAUACACACACACAGCACAAACACAUGCACACACACACACACAGCACACACGCACACACACACAGCACACACACAGCACACACACAGCGGUGAGAGGACAUUUUCACUCAUUCUUAAACACAUUUGAAGAAUCUUGAGAUUCUAUCAGUUCUCUGUGAGAUGAAGAAAAGUUUCAGCACCUGUUUCAUCCUGCUGGCUGCGUCAGUCCUGGGUGUCAUGCUGAAUGAUGUUGUCUAUGACAAAGGAAGUGAAGGCAAGUCUGCGGUCAUCAACUGUUCUUACGCUGCACAAUAUAAAACCUCUCACAAAUAUUUCUGUAAAGGAAUUAAGAAAGACUGUAAGACUCUUAUAAAAAGUGAUGGACAGAAUGAGUGGACGCUGGAAGGAAGACUGUCUCUGCAUGACAACAAAGAGAAAAAUAUUUUUGUGGUGAGCAUCAAUAACCUGAGUUCUGAGGAUUCAGGACGAUACGGCUGUGGAGUGGAAAUAACAGGACAGGACCUGAUUACUGUAGUUCACCUGACUGUGAUGAAGGAAAGACACAUUACAGCAGCAACAUAUAGAUCAGAAAGUGUGACAGAGACGACAGGAAGUUCUACUCGGCCCAGAGAGUCUCAGACACUUUCAGGCAUCUAUUCCUACAUUGGAGGGACUUUUGGUGGAAUCCUGCUGGUGUUGUUAGUCAUUUUCUGUGUCUUCAAAUUCAGAGUAGUUCAAAGCAGUGCAGGCACAAGCCAGCCCAAUUCUGCAGAGAACAUGGAGGACAUCUUAUAUAGUGAGAUACAGCACAGCAGUCCUGCAGAAGAGAAUGCCUCUGAAACCCCAGACGUAAUGUCCGGUCCCAUCUCUUAUCCAGUGUGCAGUUCAAUAUACGCCAAAUUAACCAAGCCGAAAUAAGAACAAGCUUCUGUCCUGUAGCACAAGGCUGCACCGUGGCCCUGAGGACUCACUGAGAACCUCAAAGAACUAAAAUACUGUAUGUGAAAUUUCCAGGUUUUAGUCAUUCCAGGGGACACAAUAAUGUGCAAAUGUUAAUAUGAUAAAGUAUAAUGAUAAAAUCACUACAUGAUUGAUUUGUUGUUAGUGUGGGAACAGAGCCAAGUUAAUUAGACCUUAAAACAUGUACUUAUUCAACUAAACAAUUCAACUAAACAAUUCACACCACAACUCAUUAACACAUGAAGCACCAGACUGCUAGCUGUGUUUCCUAAGUCCUCAGUCAUGUACUGUAUUUUAAAGCAGGGUCCCAGGUCCACCAAGCUGCCACUGUUGGUCCCCUGAGAAAGGCCUUUAACCCUCAUUUGCUCAGUUGUAUAAAUUGAAAUAAAAAUGUAAGGCACUCUGGAUAAGAGAGUCUGUUAAAUGCCAUAAAUGUAAAUGUAAGUACCGUCUGAAUGAAUCCGAAGUUUCCACAGAGAUCACAGAAAGUCAAGUAGGAGGAGCAAUUGGAGGGACAUGGAACAGUGAUGGAGGCAGGAAGUAGGACUGAAAAGGAUGCACAGGAUAUGUUCAAAAAAUGUUAUUAAAAGAUCGAAAUUUUAAUAUUUGAACGAACAAUUUUUUAUGGUCACUGUAUAGGGUUAUAUUAUAUAUACAUUAUACUAUUAUCAGAUGUAUCUGCUGUAAUCCACCUCAUCAAACAAUCAGUAAUCAGAAAUGGGGUUGUGUUCUAGCAACACUCCUGAUGCUGGAUUAUGACUUUCACAGGUUGAUUUUCUUAAAUGAGAUUAAAUAUAUUAUCAGUGGUGCUCAAAGGACAAAAUAAACUGUACUUGAGUUAAAAAACUA